AUGGUGUGCUGGAUAGAUGCUUAUUUGUCAUGGGAUCAGUAUGAAUAUCCAGGAGUUCAGAAUUUGAGAUUUCCAGCUGAUCAGAUUUGGGUGCCAGAUAUUCUUCUGUACAACAGUGCAGAUGAAAGAUUUGAUGCAACAUUUCAUACAAAUGUUUUGGUAAAUUAUUCGGGAUCAUGUCAGUAUAUACCUCCAGGCAUCUUGAAAAGCACAUGUUACAUUGAUGUCCGCUGGUUUCCUUUUGAUGUGCAGAAAUGCAAUUUGAAAUUUGGUUCAUGGACACACAAUGGUUGGCUGCUUGAUCUGCAAAUGCUCGAAGCUGAUGUUUCUAACUACAUAUCGAACGGUGAAUGGGAUUUAGUAGGUGUCCCAGGCAAAAGGAAUGAGAUGUACUAUGACUGCUGCAAAGAGCCAUAUCCAGAUGUGACUUACACUGUUACAAUGCGCCGUCGCACUCUUUACUAUGGGUUGAACUUAUUGAUUCCCUGCGUCCUUAUAUCAGGCUUAGCAUUGCUUGUUUUCUUACUUCCAGCUGACUCUGGAGAGAAAAUAUCUUUGGGUAUAACUGUUCUUCUGUCCUUGACGGUUUUUAUGCUCCUUGUAGCAGAAAUAAUGCCUGCCACAUCAGAUUCCGUUCCCUUAAUAGCUCAGUAUUUUGCAAGCAUCAUGGUCAUUGUUGGUUUAUCUGUAGUAGUAACAGUCUUGGUUCUUCAGUUUCAUCAUCAUGACCCUCAAGCAGGAAAGAUGCCCCAGUGGGUCCGUAUCGUCUUGCUGAACUGGUGCGCUUGGUUUCUCCGAAUGAAAAAACCAGGGGAGAACAUCAGGCCUCUCUCUUGCAGAUACAGCCACUCGAGGCACCAGUCCAGUGUCAGCAGUGUAGAAAUGAACAUCUUACCAGGACACCAUUCUAGCAAUGGCAACAUGAUCUACAGCUACCAUGCCAUAGAAAACCCCUGCUGCCCACAGAAUAAUGAGAUAGACACCAAGGGCGGAAAGGACCAGAGCUCUUCGCCCGAAGAUAACGACAGCACUCAGAGAAAAGUUUUAAUGGACACUAUCCCUGUGAUUGUGAAAAUCCUGGAGGAAGUUCAGUUCAUUGCAGCCCGUUUCCGGAAACAGGAUGAAGGGGAAGAGGUCUGCAGUGAAUGGAAGUUUGCAGCUGCUGUCAUAGACAGAUUAUGCCUUGUGGCAUUUUCACUUUUUGCCAUCAUCUGCACGCUUACAAUUCUCAUGUCUGCUCCAAAUUUUAUUGAAGCUGUUACAAAAGAUUUUACAUAAGCCUCUCUAAAAUGAAUAGACGAAUGCCCCAGUGUAAUUGGAAAUUACAAAAUGAUGCUAUUAGUUUUGAAGAACAAUGAGAUUUCAAAUGGAAGUAAGACUUUCUGUGCUGAAUUCACUAUUAAAACAAGAAGUCGGCAUGUGUUUCAAAUUCCAAUUGUCUCCCCAGUGUUAGAUAUUCUAGAUACAGAAUUGGCUCUUGUUAUUGUUAUUUGUUUCAAAUAGUGUCUUUCUUCCUAUACUUGUGAUCAUAAUCACCAAUAAUAUUAGACAAGAAAUCAGAUACACAGCAUACACUUUACCGAGUAAAUAGAAUCUAUAUGUGCUACUAGGAAACACUAGUGAACAUGUUGCUGCAUUGGUAAAUUCUUCCUAGAAACCUGAUCUUUGCUAAAUGUAUCAUUUUCAAUAUUUUUGUUUGGCAUUGUAGUUUAACACACAUCUCAUCUCCAGUAAUGUAUUGAAUGAUGCUGCUAGUUGCUGUUUGCCAAAUAAAUGGCAAGUUUUAGCUUUUAUUAUCACUGUGAUAAUCUGAAACAUUUUCCACUUGAUAACAAUGUGAAGUCAAUGCAAUACUUUUUUCUAGUAAGUUAAAAAUGUUUUCAUUGUUGAAUAUUCUGUUUUUCUAUUACAUAAAU